AUGGGCAAACGCCGAGUUGGGGGUAACUCCCGUGUCCUCCGCAAGAAGAAGGUUAGGGGCGCUAAAAAGGGUAGCUGUUUGGAUUCCGUUGCUGCUGUGAUUGCGGCUGCUCGUGGGGUCAAAACUGUGCCAUUGAGAAUAAAAAAGAUGACUGGCCACAAGCGGUCAGGUAAACGCGAUCAAGACGUUUUUGCAGCCUUGCGGACGGAGCGUAGCAAACUCCUAAAGCGGCAAGCGGCCGAACGGAUGGUGCUAAAGGAACACACACGUGAACUGGAGGCGCGACGGCAGAGGAUUAGGAAGGGUGAAGAUGCCAAGAUGGAGCGGCGGGAAUUAGGGAAGUACAUUCGGCAGUUGCAAAAGGAACAGGAGGAAAAACACCGGAAGGAACUCGGUGCUAUUGAGGAAGCUAUCCUGUUGCGAACAGGUAAAAAAGCUAUUAAUAAGAUAUGCCAACAUGAAGAAUGGGAAGAUAUUGAUGACGACGAUGAAGAGGGGGUUGGAGAGCAUGAGCUCCAUGAGAUGUUUGCACACUUGACCACAUAG